UGUCCAUCGCGAAUUGUGUAUUUAUUUAGUCAUAACAAUAAAGUAGUAACUGUGUCAAAUCAGUGUCAGCACUUUCUCAUAAAACUGUGAAUCUACGCGUGAGUCAUAACGACUGUGUAAUGGGUACAAUUUUAAAAACGCAGUGAUGAGUGGUAAUGACGCUUUUAACAGAAGUUCACGGACUCUGCGAAGCCCCCCUCCAGAAGGAAGACCAGCUAUGGAAGCCGUCCAAGGAACUCCAGUAGCCGUAGCACCAGCCGAGGCACCUGAUGUAGUCUCAACCACUGAAAUCCAGAAAUGGAUUUCCGAAAUUGAAAAGCGCCUUAGCGAAAUUUGUAACAUUGCAAAUGAUGGCAAAUUAAACUCAGAACAAAAACUGAGAAUAAACACGCUUAGCAAGAGCGUAUUGGGAGGAAUCUCGCAAAUGGCUGUACAAUACCAGGCGGUCAAGCAGAAUUUAUUACUUAGCCAAGCCAAAGUGAAUACCUUGUCCCUCCAAAACAACCUCAGCACUCAACUUCAUGAACUCAAGCAGUGCAUGCAAGCAAAAGUAACAACUGAAGAAAAACAAUCGUUCGCCGACAUGGUUAGGACCGGGAAAAGUUCUGCUGUGGUACCUACCAAGUCAAAUAGUAGCAUCGUAAUUUACCCAGCCGACAAAGAAAAAUCCAGUGAGGAUACCAAAACCCUGAUCCAAAAUUUAAUCAAGCCCGAGACCCUGAAACUUCACGUUCGUGGUAUGAGAAAAACAAAGAACGGUGGCGUCAUAAUCAGCACCGAUAGAAAGGAUGACCUUGAAAAGCUUAAAGCAUCACAGCAGCUACAGCAAUCGGGACUCAAAGUGGAAGACACCACCAAAAGGAGACCGAAGAUAAUCAUCCUAGGAGUCCCGACAAAUAUGUCAGAAAAAGAAGUGUUCGAUUGUAUUUUUGAACAAAACGUUGCAGACCUUCAACCAAAUCUCACUAGGGAUAUAUUUAUGAGCUCAGUAAAACUUAGUCAUAAAUCAGGAAAAAAGGACCUAUCCACCUGCAACUACAUCCUAGAAUGCACAGCUGAAGUCCGACGAAUGCUCAUACAACAACAACGCAUUUUUAUCAAUUGGACAUCUUGCCCAGUACGAGAUUUUACUCUCCUGACCCGUUGUUACUUAUGCCAUUUAUACGGCCAUUCGGCUAAAUAUUGCAAAGACACAGAACCUACUUGUGGACAUUGCGGGUCAUCAGGCCAUAGUUUUAAGGAGUGUCCAAAACGAGCCGAACCCGCCAAAUGCGCUACGUGUCUACGCUUUAAAAAGCCGUCGAAUCAUAAAACCGGAGACGACCAGUGCCCAGUGAAGAAAAAUGCGCAAAUUAGGUACUUAGAUUCUAUAGAUUAUGAGGGCGCCUAG